UCUUCCCCUAUAGGUUUCGGGAUGUCCACUCCGGUGACGGUAGCAGGGAAGGUGUUCCUGAUCUUCUACGGUCUCCUUGGCUGCGCCGCCACCAUCUUGUUCUUUAACCUCUUCCUGGAACGCAUUAUCACCCUCCUGGCCGUGGUAAUGAAGGCCGUGAGGGAACGCCGCAUCCGGAACUCCGGCCUCCUCCCGCCGGGUAUCCGCCAUGACUUCUCGGCGCGUUCUUUCCCGGGGUGGAAGCCGUCGGUCUACCACGUAAUGUUGAUCCUGGGGCUGUCUGCCAUCAUAAUCUCCUGCUGCGCCUCAGCCAUGUACACCCCUGUGGAGGGAUGGGCCUACCUGGACUCACUCUACUUCUGUUUCGUCACAUUUAGCACCAUCGGCUUCGGAGACCUAGUGUCAAGCCAGAGAGCGGACUAUGAGUACCAGCCGCUGUACCGUCUGGCCAACUGCCUGUUCAUCCUCAUGGGCGUGUGCUGCAUCUACUCCCUGUUCAACGUUAUCUCCAUCGUCAUCAAACAGGUGCUCAACUGGAUGCUUCAGAACCUGUGCUGCCAGCGGUGCAACAUCAGGUCCAACUCCUUCCCAUUGGGACGCCGCAACGCCAUCCGGCCCGGGUCGAGAAUCCGUAAGGGCCGCUUCGGAAUUGGACGCCCGCCGGACUCUGGGGAUUCGGGACCCUGCGACAGCGACACGGAGGGAGGAGGACGAAGACUCUCUGGAGAGAUGAUUUCGAUGAAGGACCUGACGGCCUCGAAUAAGGUCUCACUGGCACUCAUGCAGAAGCAGUUAUCAGAGUCGGCUAACGGUUAUCCCAGGACGGUGUGUGGCGGCUCGAGACAUAACGGGUUCUCUGGAGGAGUGGGCGCUCUGGGGAUCAUGAACAACAGACUGGCAGAGACCAGCAACUCCAGGUAGACCUGAGCAGUGUUUCUGAACUUCUGGUCCUUGGACAGGCGCUGGUCCGUGGGAUGUGGACUUUUGGUCGGUGAGAUGAUUGGCUGACUUAAUGUAAGCAGUCCCCCACGGAGUAAAGACCAUAGCUUGUCAGUCUCUGACACUAGAGGGACCAUAGCCUGCUGGUCCCUAACAUAAUAAAAAGGUUGGUAUAAAAGGUUGAGAAACACUGGAGUAGACCCCUGCAGGGUUGUGGAGAAUGUGAAGGAGACUGAGACUGAUGGGGAGAGAAACUGAGAGGAGCUUUAAGGUCUAAUGUGAUGAACUUUAUUUGCUAUCACUCUUGUCAUGCUUGAUUAUGUUUUGUUAUUCAAUGGAAGAGCAUAAAGAUAUGCAUGAAACUGUUUGGACAUUUUUGGGGAUGGAAUCAACAUCCUGUGAUGAUGAUGAUAUGAGACAGUUGGAAUGAUACUAUGGGAAGGAAAGGAACCUUCUUGUAACUGUACUUUUGAAGGUCAAAACACUUGAGGCAACAAGGAAGGAAUUAGUAUAGCAUGAGGUCAUAAGCCAAUAUAUUGCUCUCUUUGACUCGAAGCCAUGGUGAACAUUUUUACUGUUAUACCAUUGGCAUUCUUCAGAAGAAUCAGUUAGCCAUACCU